AGUCACCAGUCUGUGCCAUAACUUAGGCCUGUGCAAAGAUGGCGGGAAUGACGGCAGUGUAGAAGAUGGAAUAGUUGUAAAUUAUAUUAUCCUGUUUGGCGCCACAGGGAAACCGGUGAAAUCAGCUUAAGCUGUGCUUUAUUUUCGAAGGUAUUAUUGCGGAAUAAUUCUGCCCUAAUUCUAGAAACACUACCACCAGCAUUGGAAGAUUUUCAUAGGCCGCGCUUUCCGUGUGGUUUAGGCCUACUACAACACAACUAGUGAUGGAGAAAAAGAGUGGCCAAAAAGAAGUUGCCGAGAGCAUCUAAAGCGCCUGAUAGCCACAAUCUGUCCUGAAUUUUCAAGCCAAGGUUUGAAAAGGCUAUAAGCAUGUUGGGAUGUGCACAGUUCAACGGCAUGGCUUUGAAAGGAUUGAACUACAACUUCUUUGUAACGCGUAGCGGAUAUUUCUGCCAGCCUCUGUCAAGGAAAUAUAUACAGGGCUGCAGGAAAGCACACAUCACACACAAAGGUUAUAACACAAGAUUGCCUUCUGCAUUUGGCAUUCCUUUUGUCUUCCAAUGUACAAGGAAAUUCAGUGAUGGCAUAAGUAAAAAUGAAGAUGGAAAUUCAAAAAUUUUACAGGAACAAGCUAACAAAAUAGAAAAUGUUUUAAAAGAAAAUAAGCACAAAAUUGAUGUAUCUAAACCCCAUAUUGGACCAGAAGAAUCUUUGAAGCCGUAUUACUACAAACCAACUGCUCUUGAUGUGGAUUAUAAUGUCCAUUAUACAAGAAACACAUUCAUCUCCAGCUCAAGAGCUAUCAGUGAUUAUCUGCUUUCAUCAAGUGAUCUUGAUGGCCUGCGAAAAACAAAAAUGAGAAAUGCAUACAGCAGUGACAUCCCCCCUGAUUUCUGCUAUCUUAAAUUGGAUGUAGAAAAAAGGGCAAUGGAAGUUUGGGGGAGCAUGGAAGCAUUGGAAAGAGAGCGUAAAAAGCGAAAAGGUGAAAUGGAAGAAGGGGAGAGAUAUCGAAAAGGACUUAGCGCGCUUCUUGGACAUCUAAAGAAAACUAUUAAAGACCAAACAAAGCAACAAGAAGAUAACCAGAUGUUUGGAGGAGAAAGCCAGAGGAAACUGUUAUUGGAAGGAUCGGCAAAAGUUGUGAUGUAUGCAGUUGCUGCGAAUCUGUUCGUAAUGCUGUUCAAAUUCUCUGCUUACUUGUAUACUGGAUCAGCAAGUAUGAUGUCUGAAAGCAUUCACUCUUUUGCAGAUGCUGCCAAUCAGUGUUUACUGGCCUUAGGAAUACUCAAGUCGAUAAAGGAACCAUCGCCAGAUCACCCGUAUGGCUGGUCAAGGGCUCGGUACGCGUACUCACUUAUCAGCGGUGUUGGUAUCUUCUUUCUGGGAUGUGGAUUUUCAGUCUAUCAUGGAAUAUCAGUAAUACUGCAUCCAACACAGUUAACAUCCUUGCCAGUGGCCUUUGCAGUUCUUGGAGUAUCAAUGGUUGUUGAAAGCUUGACUAUGAUAAUGGCUUUCAAACAAGUUCAAAAAAGUGCUCGUGAAAGUGGUCUCAGUUUUAAAGAGUAUCUCGUCCGCGGACGAGACCCAAAUGCUGUCGCAGUUUUGCUUGAAGAUAGUGCUGCUGUGGCGGGUCUUUUCCUGGCUGCUGGCUGUCUUGGCCUAACAUCAUACACUGGGAAUAUUAUCUUUGAUGCGAUAGGAUCAAUUACUAUUGGAGCAUUGCUGGGUGCUGUCGCUGUAUUUUUAAUCAGACGGAAUACGGAUGCAUUAACUGGAAGAUCAAUUCACCCUGAUCGUCUGAGACAAAUAAUCGAGAUUCUUGAGAACGAUAUCAUGGUCAGGUCAAUUCAUGAUGUUAAAGCUACCGAAAUGGGUGCUGAUACGGUUAGAUUCAAGGCAGAGAUAAACUUUGAUGGAAGGGAGGUUACGAGAGUUCACACUAAUCGUCUGAAUAUGGAAGAGCUAUUACUGGAGGUCCAGUCAAUUAAAACCACCGAGCAACUAGAGAAUUUCCUGUUGGAUCACGGGGAACAAAUAAUAGAUGUCUUAGGGUCUCAAGUAGACAGGAUAGAGAGAAACAUUAAAAAAAAGUCACCAGAAGUGCGACAUGUUGAUUUAGAGAUUUUAUAACUACCUCGGUUUCGUGAGGAACUACUCUUAUUUAAUUGUAUUUACAAAUUCAUCUCUAUCCAUUCACAAAUGCAUUUAGUUAACAGUGAAAUUUUCUUUCUUUCUUGGUGUCUUAGAAACUUUUGUUUUUUAUAAUAAUCGGUACCGAACGUGCCUGAAUAGCUGGGAGAGCGAUUUCGGAUUUCGAGUUAUUCAGAUCGAAAUAGCAAACUCUAAUUUCUUGUUGUCAGAUGAAUUACAACUACCAAACUUCUGAUCGAUGAAUUUUCUAAAAUCGGAUGAUAGCAUUUUUGCCGGAAAUAGAAGUAGGUGUUAUUUGUUGAAAAUAGUCAUCUAUCGACACAUGGUAAUCUAAACUGACAAAAAUUGCUUUUCUUUUUUAGUUCUUUUUAUUGAUUUUUAAUGUUAAUGUUUUUAACUGUGUUUCAUUCAUUUUUCUCCUCCAUCUUAUUUUGUGGUUACUUUUAAAAUCUAAGAAAAGUUUCAUUACGAGCUACAAUAGAAAGGUUGUUCUAAAACUUUGCAAGACCUUUCCUAUUUCAUGUCAACGUUACAAUAGACAAAACUGUGGGAGGGACAUAUUGAUAAAACGAAGCUUGAAAAUAUUGCCACAGAUAUUCCUCCAGUUAAAAUCCAAUGUCGGAGAAAACAUUUAUUACUGAAAUCGUCUCAUAAGGGGCAGGGGUGAUGAAAAAUCAAUGUACCAGACCAUGCUCUAUCGAUUACACUACAAUCAAUAUUUUUAUUAAUUCUUUGCGAAAAGUUGUUAAGAAAAACCGGAGGGCUUUUUUUAAAAAUUGCACAUUUUUGCUUAAUUUUCGAAGAUUUUCAUAUUACCUGGAAUUUCUAUCAAUCUAUGAAAAUAUAAAAAAACCAGUAAAACUAUGGUAUUUGUGAAGUUUAAUAAUAAAAUCAGUCAACCAACCCCUGCUGUUGUCAGUAGCAUAAUUCAACACAACACUAACGAAAAAAUGCAAUGCUUUUCAAUUGCAAUAUUUAGUGCUUAUUAACAGUUUGUAAAACCUCUUAAAAUGGGGGUUUUACAAACGUGAGUUCUUUGUAGGCAGAAAUUCUCAAAAAUACGGCAACGGCGGAUAAGAUCAAAAUUCUUCUCUUUACGGCAAUGAUACGACUAACGGCUAACAACAAGUUCGACAAAUAACGACACGGCUUCAACAGGCACGACAAAACUAGCGACAGAGCUCCAAGCAGUACGGCAAAACUUUCGACAAGACUACUCCUGACUUAUGAAACAACCCUUUAUAUAACCUAAGCAAACCUUAAAAUAAUAAUUACGUAAUACAAAAAACAUAUUUACAGACGCUGAUGCAAUCACAGCGGAAUGGUGCAAUGGUCACAUGAUACUGUCCGUAAGGGAACCCUGUGUCGUUACAAGUUUAACCCAAUACAUGCUCUAGCUUCCUUAGUUCGUUUUCUAAGCGGACUAAAGAAAUAUAAAAAAAGCCUUGAACAUAGGCGACGUUGAUUAAUCUCUAUCAUGUGACUUUACUGUGACUCUCGAUAUCACUAGAAUGUUUACCAAGAAAACAUUUUACAGGGCAGGGAUCCCAUAUUACAGUUGACCUGCCUUCUGAGAAAACACUAACACCAUCCAUAGGGAUCCCACAAAGAGAACUGCGACCAAUGAAUGCUCGCUUUGAACCGACAUGUCAAUCAAUCUGCACUUCCUGUUUCCACAAUAUAAAAUUCGGUGCGCGUCUCUAUCGUCCUCUCCUGCUCUCGCUGCAACUGACGGUAUGUCGUGGAAGUCAUAAAGCCUAACAGCUGUUAUGAAAGAAGAUGCCAAGGGCGGGAAGAAAUGAGAAAAGGAAACAAGACCAAGCAACGACUAUUGCCAGCAAAUGCAGCAAAAUAACAUCUUCUUUUAAUACACAGCAACAGCAGGGUGAGGGUACAAGAGUACCCAUGUGACCUAAAGCCAGCAUCCCACCUAAUAAUUCUGAUCGCGAUGUCAUCAAUCAUUUAAAAGCAGUUCCAGAAAUACUCAAGGAACACCUCAAGGAGAACAAGGAAUCGGGGUCUACAAGGAAGACCACAAGGAGAAAGUUCACAAGGAGAAGUACAAAAAGAGGUUGCUGCUCUGGAAAAAAUUUAAGAAGAGCAAAAAAUUGAUAAUUCUGCAAAUGGUGUCUCAAGUCAUUAUUAUCAUGGAAUUAAGCUGAGUUUAACAGGCAUUAUUGCACAAUUCUCUGAAUUACAGGAAUUUGAAGCUGUAAGAAAUGGGAGAAAGCGCAUCCAUGUACGUUGCAAAGUAUGCAAAGAGCACAAAGACGAAGCGAAAAAGCUUUCUAAGAAUGGGUCAGUUGCUAUUGCACAAGGAGUUAGAGCAGAUGGGGAGGACAGACUCAAAUUGGUUAUAGACCACCUACAAUCUUCAAUAUAUAAAGCAGCAAAAAUCAACAACAGCUGGAAUCUGCUUGGGAAGAAAAAAAAUUCCCUCGCAAUUCGCACCACAAAUUCACUGUCUGUUUUUGUAAAAGCAGGUAUUUCCUUCGUAAAACGCCUUUUCCCUGGCCAUGAGGGUAAGUUUGCUGAUGACAGUUGCGAGCAAUGGAGUAAAAUCAAAGAUGUAGAAUUUCUCCCAGAAGGCAAUGAUAUCGGUUCAAAUCUCUCAGUUCGUUUGCGCAAGUUAGUAGCAAUAACGACUGGAAUUGUGCACAAAAUAUUUGCUGCCAUUAUGAGUCUAUCACCACAUUCCAUGCAAACAGAACACAUUGUUUCGCAUCACAAUAUCGUGGCCAGUAAUGCAAGAGUAUCAAUGACAGAUGAUACAAUUAAUUCUCGCUAAUUCAUUGCAUUGAAUGGCAUUGGAACUGCUCACUAUGACCCAACAGCUGCUGUUGCUCAUUUUCGUGCUGCAAAAGAACGAAGAAACCGAGAACCAGACUUUAAAACUUAUAGCAGACGUCAAUUUGUAAAGAAAUUUUUCAGAAAAGAUGGACACUUUUAGUUAUAAACUAGCGAUCAGUGAUUUUGUUCUAUGGUCUAUAACAAUGUUUUAAGAAUA